CCUGAGUUCCUCUCAAAAUUCUGGAACCAUGACUCUGAAGAGGCCAAGCCAACAUAUCUGAGAAACGCAGAGAUAAGGGGGGGGGGGGACGCUUAUUCUCUGGGUAAACUCCCUCUGAGAAGAGAUCAUGGCUUUUUUGUUCCCCCUCCCACCUCUCCUUUCCUCACCCUUGCUGCCUGGCAAAGGGCUACCCUUGACCACAUGGCCCUUUUGAUCCAGCUACAGACAACUGACCAUUUUGGGUCACCGAACUCAAGCUGGCCAAAUAAUCUUUUUUCAAAAAAUGUCUAAAUGACUCUCAUGCAGAAAAGUGUAAAAACAUAAAUGUACGAUUCAAUAAAUUAUCCCAGAUAGAACCUCUGCCGAACGGUUUUCCAAAGUUUCCCACCAACACUCGUGAGAGUGCCCGGCGCCUGGCGCCCUCGCCGGCGCCUGGCGCUCCCUGCCUGGCGCGGCCACUCUGUUGAGUCUGUGGUGACGUGGCGUCACGGCUUUAAUCGGAGCUUUCCUUGAUGGCUAAUGAAGUCUCCCCGUGUGUGGUCUGCGUUAGAAUCAUUCCAGGAGCUUCGGACAAAUGCUGAAGCCCAGGCCAAUUCAAUGAGACCGUCCGGGACUGGGACUGUCCCCGUGACCAGCUGCCUUCAGUCCUGCUGAGCUGCACGCGGCUGUGUCCGAGGCCUUGGCAUCCCUGUCACCACCGCAGGAAAGCAGAAUUCUCCGCAAAAUCAGCCAUGUCCUCCUAGAGAUCCUUCAGAGCCCAGCACAGCACAGCCUGAUCCCCCAGCCCACCAUGCCAGCGGCCCAGGGUGAGGACCUGAAGACGUGGCAGAAAGUGUUCCAGGAAUUAAUUCACGAGGUGAAACCAUGGGACCAGUGGACCCUGGCACUAGAUGACAGCCUCCUUCCCAACACCCUGCAACCAGGGUGGACACAAUACCAGCAGCAGGUCUUUGCCAGGUUCAAGUGCUCCUGGUGUUCGCGCAGUUGGGCCUCUGCCCAUGUUCAAGUUGUUUUCCACGUGCGCUGGAUUAAGAAGGAAUCCAAGGGCCAGGUGAAGAUGAGGGUCUUUGCCCAGCGAUGUCAGAAGUGUGUUGAGCCUCCAUUCGAGGCUCCUGAAUUCACAGAGGAGAACACCUCAAGGAUCCUGAACAACCUGGUGCUCCGAAUCCUAAAGAAGUGCUACCGAGAAGGGUUUAAGUCCAUGGCAGAGAUUCCUACAAUCAAGGACAUCUCUCUUGAAGGGCCACAUGACAUUAAAAACUGUGAGGCAUGUCUUCAGGGCUUUUGUGAGCAGAGUGGAUUAGAUCUGGCCAAACAGUCACCAAUGUCCCCAUCACUUCCCACAAUAAGCAAACCUACCUUUGGCAUCCCCACCGGUAAACCUUCUUUCCCGAGGACGAGCUCCAUAGUGGAUGCGGUGACAGAGGACAUCAGGGUGAAGAAAGGAAAGGAACUUCUCCAGCCCUGGCUUUCUGAGCUCUCACGGGCUGAGAGUCUCAGAGCAAACACCAGCCACGUGGUAGAGAUCCCUACCUCUAAGCCUUCUCUCCCGAGGACGAGCACCAUAGUGGAUGUGGUGACAGGGGACACCAGGGUGAAGAAAGGAGAGGCACCUCUCCACCCCUGGCUUUCUGAGCCCUCAAGGGCUGAGAGCCCCAGAGCAAACACCAGCCACGUGGUAGAGAUCCCUACCUCUAAGCCUUCUCUCCCGAGUAUGAGCACCAUAGUGGAUGUGGUGACAGGGGACACCAGGGUGAAGAAAGGAAAGGAACUUCUCCACCCCUGGCUUUCUGAGCUCUUAAGGGCUGAGAGCCCCAGAGCAAACACCAGCCACGUGGUAGAGAUCCCUACCUCUAAGCCUUCUCUCCCGAGGAUGAGCACCAUAGUGAAUGCGGUGACAGGGGACACCAGGGUGAAGAAAGGAAAGGUACCUCUCCACCCCUGGCUUUCUGAGCCCUCAAGGGCUAAGAGCCCCAGAGCAAACACCAGCCACGUGGUAGAGAUCCCCACCUGUAAGCCUUCUCUCCCAAGGACGAGCACCAUAGUGGAUGUGGUGACAGGGGACACCAGGGUGAAGAAAGGGAAGGUACCUCUCCACCCCUGGCUUUCUGAGCCCCGACGGGCUGAGAGCCCCAGAGCAAACACCAACUACCGGGUGGAGAGUAUAGGUGCGGUUUCCUCCCCAAGGAAGCAUUUGUAUUCCCACGCAGCCCGCAAUCGCAGGUGCUGCUAUUCUAGAAUCUGCUGCUUAACCAUUCUAACCCUAAUUAUUGUCGCCGUGGUGGUGACUGUUGUUAAAAUCACUAUAUGAACCUAAAAAGCAUGGUGCUAAGUUUAACAAGUCAUAUAUGGUAUGAUCCCAUUGAUGUGAAAUAUUCAGACUAGGUAAAUCCAGAGACAGGAGGUAGAUUAGUGUCCAUAUUAUUGUUGUGGCAGGUGUCGCUCAGUUGGUGGAGCACCAUCCUGUGCACCAAAAGGUCGCCUGUUCCAUUCCCAGUCAGGG